AUAUUAUGAAAAGGUUCCCCACCCCUUUAAAGAAGAGUAGAAGACUGUAACACAGUUUCGGCUGUGUACUGUAUGGUUGUACAACAACGUAUCAUACAUACCAGGCUGUAUGCGGAUCCAGGCUUUCUCGGAUUCGGCGACACCCAAAUAGGAUAAGCUAGUUGUGUGCCCUUGAGUUCGACCUCCGAUCGCUACAAAGGAUAUUCUUGUUAUAUAUCGGAUCAUCACCUUUUUCGUAUCGGGAACCUUAAUUCUAAAGCAAUUGCGAGCGGUUUGAACAGUAGCGAUGUCACGCUGGUGUGAACUAAGACUCAAAGACUCGAACGCAAAGAAAUAACAAAUCAAAAUGGAUAAUAAUAAUUGCACAGAGGAGGUCUGCACUGCGACAGAUAGCGACCAUUUCUUCUUGAUUGUCAUGUCGUGCGUCAUCUUUUUGAUGCAGAUGGGUUUCGCUUUUCUCGAAGCUGGAUCGGUACGGGCAAAAAAUACAACCAAUAUUCUUCUUAAAAACAUGCUCGAUGUUUGUAUUGGAGCGGUGGCAUACUGGGCCAUCGGCUACGCCUUCGCAUUUGGAAAGGAAGCGAAUGCGUUCAUUGGCUACCGGUAUUUCUUUUUCGAGAGUCUUCCGGCAUGCCUCUACUCUCACUUCUUCUUUCAUUUCGUAUUUGCUGCCACGGCGGCCACUAUCGUCUCCGGCGCCAUGGCGGAGCGUACGGAGUUUAUGGCCUACUUUGUCUAUUCCAGCGCCAUAACUGGAUUCAUAUAUCCAGUCGUGGUACAUUGGGCUUGGUCUAGCGAAGGUUGGCUUGCCAACGGACCAUCAGGUCUUGCGUACCAGGAUUUUGCAGGCAGUGGGGUGGUUCAUUGUGUUGGAGGAACUGCAGCUUUGGUCGGAGCCGCCAUCCUUGGUCCUCGUAUUGGUCGCUACGACGAGAAUGGCAAACCUAAAGAGAUCUCUGGUCAUACAGUCCCGAUGGUUGCUCUUGGUGGCUUCAUCCUCUUCUUCGGAUUCUUUGCCUUCAAUGGCGGCUCCCAAGCAAGCAUCUCGGCAGAAGGCGAUGGAACUACGGUCUCUUUGGCUGUGGUCAAUACCAUCAUCUCAGGGGCUUGCGGUGCUCUGGUCGCCAUGGUCAUCAAGAGGAUUGGUUUCAGCGGAAGCUACUGGUCGCUUCUGACCACUAUCAACGGUGGACUGACUGGAAUGGUUGCUAUUUGUGCUGGGUGUGACGCCGUGUACCCAUGGGGAGCAGCGAUCAUUGGUGCUGUAGCUGGUGCUACGUACAUGAUGUGGAGUUCUAUGAUGGUUUCAGUCCGUGUUGAUGAUCCUUUGGAUGCCAUUGCAGUACACCUUGGAGGCGGCAUUUGGGGAGUGUUAGCGGCGCCUCUCUUCGACAUGAACGACGGCAUUGUUUUUACUUUCUCGAAGACCGCAUGGCAGUCCUUCGGUUGGAAUCUCCUGGGAGUCUUUGUCAUCACAAGCUGGACUUCUGUUCUUUCUUUAGUUCUCUUUGGUUUGAUGCAGGCUUGUGGCAUCCUUCGCGUCACUCCGGAGAUGGAGAUGAAAGGCCUGGACAUACCCAAACACGGUGAGCCUGCGUACCCCUUAGAAAGCUACGGACACGGAUGGGCUGAGUCUAACCAAGGCAACGGUGUAAAUGGGCACCCACUCGGUCAUGCACAGGAAUAUACAAAUUCCGCCUUUGAGGGCGCUGUAGCGAUAGAUAAUCCUUCCUAUAACGACAAGGAAAAUGGAAACGAACUUCCUCUCUGAAACAUCACUGCAGAUUACUAAUAAACUCCAAAGCACCACUACGUGGUCAUGGUUCCCAUGUUUUAAGGUACAUGCCUAUGGUUUGAACAGCAUACACAAGUUGGUGACAUCGAAAUGGCCCGAUGACUUGUAAUGGAAAAGUCUAACCUGGGGCCUGUAACAUAAAGCUUAGCAAAGAUCGUUCAACAUGUUUCUACGAUUGAUUCCAUUGACUACAAUGUACAAUCAAUCCUGGAAAUCAAGCGUACGAUCAAUCGCUAACCUUUGGGUUACGAAACCCUGAUCACUUCGAUGUCAAUGAUUAUUCAAAAAUAUGAGAAGCUUAUCAAAGUAGGUUUGAGGAAACGCCAUCAAAGAAUGACGGAUUAUGAACAUUUAGAAUAUUCUUACUGAGACGUUUCAUACGACAAGCUGCCCUACUUGUCAUGUAAUAUAAACUCCACGAUUAUGAUUUUUUAUAGGUUUAUGACGAAUUGAUAUUGGAUGCGUGCAUAAAAUAAUAUGUGAAUUGUUAGAUGCACGGGUCACCAACCUGCCAACGUAACGAUCUCUCUCUCUCUCUGUGAAAACUGAAAA